GCGUGGAGCGGGCUCUCCCAGCUGCGGACCGGACCCUGCAGUAGUAGCUCGAGCUGGCACCGAGAGCGCAACUCCUCGUCCGGUCGCCUCCACGCACCCUACAGUCCUGUCGUUCACCGAGAUGGUUGGAGCCUAGCCGAUGAAUUUGGGGAAGAUAGACCUCCGAGACAGACAGACGGAGGUUUAGGGCCCAGCAGAGGACAGCUCGGCAAUGGCUCCCAUUUUUGGAGACGCAGGCGAAUUUGAGCUCAUGGGGAGGUGUGGUCGGCUCCUCUUGAGACAGAAUGGGGGCUUCAAUUCUCUGCCUCUGUAGCCAGUGCUUCUGAGGAGUGAAUGCAGUGUAUGGAGCAGGGCACGUGCCUUCCCUUCUUGAAAACUUGACCCGGGACAUGUUAGGAACAAAAGGUGUCCAGGACGGCCCUCUGUUGCAAGUCGUCUUUACUUCUGGGGGAAAGGCUAUGAGCUAGGUGGCUUCUCAUGACGGGGAAGCCUCCCUUACCUUUUCUGUACUCCUGGAGGGGCGUCUUGCUCACUUGUUUACCAGCAUCUGGGACAAAGAAGAGAAAAGAAAUGAGCCGUCAGACUGCAACAGCAUUACCUACUGGAACCUCAAAGUGUACACCAUCCCAGAGGGUACCUGCCCUGACUGGCACAACUGCGUCCAACAAUGACUUGGCGAGUCUUUUUGAGUGUCCGGUCUGCUUUGACUAUGUGUUACCACCCAUUCUUCAGUGUCAGAGUGGCCAUCUUGUUUGUAGCAACUGUCGCCCAAAGCUCACAUGUUGUCCAACUUGCCGGGGCCCGUUGGGAUCCAUUCGCAACUUGGCUAUGGAGAAGGUGGCCAAUUCAGUACUUUUCCCUUGUAAAUAUGCCUCUUCUGGAUGUGAAAUAACUCUGCCACACACAGAAAAAGCAGACCAUGAAGAGCUCUGUGAGUUUAGGCCUUAUUCCUGUCCGUGCCCUGGUGCUUCCUGUAAAUGGCAAGGCUCUUUGGAUGCUGUAAUGCCACAUCUGAUGCAUCAGCAUAAGUCUAUUACAACCCUACAGGGAGAGGAUAUAGUUUUCCUUGCUACAGACAUUAAUCUUCCUGGUGCUGUUGACUGGGUGAUGAUGCAGUCCUGUUUUGGCUUUCACUUCAUGUUAGUCUUGGAGAAACAGGAAAAAUACGAUGGUCACCAGCAGUUCUUUGCGAUUGUACAGCUGAUAGGAACACGCAAGCAAGCUGAAAAUUUUGCUUAUCGACUUGAGCUAAAUGGUCAUAGGCGGCGAUUGACUUGGGAAGCCACUCCUCGAUCUAUUCAUGAGGGAAUUGCAACAGCCAUUAUGAAUAGUGACUGCCUAGUCUUUGACACCAGCAUUGCACAGCUUUUUGCAGAAAAUGGCAAUUUAGGCAUCAAUGUAACUAUUUCCAUGUGUUGAAAUGGCAAUCAAACAUUUUCUGGCCAGUGUUUAAAACCGUUGCAUUCAAUUUCACAGAGAAUAAGGCACCUGUCUGCCUACCAACCAGAAGCUUUUGGUAGGUGGAAGCUAGACACAUGAAGGUAAAUAAAAGGAAAGGCUGUUAAAUACAGGAAACAGUUGCAUGUAGUAACACUAAUAUAUUUAAAAAUAAGUCAACAGUAAACCACUGAAAAAAAAAAUAUAUAUAUACACCCAAGAUGGGCAUCUUUUGUAUUAAGAAAGGAAGCAUUGUAAAAUAAUUCUGAAUUUGUGUUUGUUGUAGAUCGAGUGUACUGUUAAAAAAUAUUGGGUUCUUGUUUUUUGUUUUGUUUUUGUGUGUGUGUGUGUGCGUGCGUGAGUGUGUGUGUGUGUUUGGGUUUUUUUUUUCCUUUAACUGACAAGCCAUGUUGAGUGGUCUUGGACCACUGCUUUUCCCCUAUGUGAGUCAAUACAUAGUGCUGCUGUGUGUGUAUAUUUUUUUGUGUGUAUUUGCUAAUUUUUAUUAAUUCUAGUUUUUCAUUAAAUAAAUUUGACUUUCUUUUCUGUAAUUCAGGUUUUUCCUCACUUUUUUUUGUACCUUUUUAAAGUUAGUGUCUUUUUGAUAUGCAUAAUUGUUUAUGGUAAAAUUUAUACAUGUGUUCAAUACAUAUUUUCUUUUCCCCCCAUUAAUCAGUUCAUUAGCAAUAUUUUAAAUUCAACUAUUUUGUGAAGAUAAGAGUUUCAGAAAGGAAAGGUAACAUUGGAAGAAUUAUCAGAAGCUAUUUAAAGCAGCUAUAAAGUGAUCUCUCUCUCUUUCUCUCUUUUCUCCAGUUGAGUCAUACCUUCAGACUUAUUCUUUGUAAGGUUAGGGAGUACUGAUUUUUUUUUUUUUUUUUUUUUUUAAUACUGGAAAAAAAAAAUCAGGCUCUCCCCCUCCCCCCAAAUACCUUGGACAAAUCACAUAUGUUUAAAAUUUGUUCUUGUAUUUAUUCGUUUUGCAAAAGAAGGCAUCGUCUCACACAGUAUUUGUAAUUAAAAGCAAGUCAUUUGUUUAAAAAAAAGAGGCAGUUUGCAAAAAAAAUGUUUUUGGUCUUUUAUAAUUCUCAUUAAAAGAAUAUCUGGCAAAUUAAAAACUCUUACGUGU